AUGGAAGCCUUAGGAUCGCGUUUGCACAGCGAUUUCCGCUUAUCUCCCACCUCACUCACCCCUUAUCCCCCCUCCGCUCUUCCCUCCUUCCUUCUCACUCCCCUCCCCGCCUCCCCCCCAAUUCUCGCUCACCCCACAUCCCCUUCCCCCACCAUGCCUCCUCUCCCCCCUCACUCGCACCUCAUCCCUCACUCCAUCCACCCAGCGUUCCCCCCUUUCUUCCAGUCCUUUCCUCAUAUUUCCCCUCACUCACCCCUCGUUUCUCCCAUCCAUUCAUCCCAUACGUCCUUAAUCCCCACUCCCUCCACCUCGAACCAUUUGUUAUUUCCCCUCUGCUCACCCAUCAUCUCCCUCCACGCACCUCCGUCUCCCACCCCUCAUCUCCCCCCUCCCCCCAACCUCUCCUUGCUCUGCUCACGCCCCACACACCCUUCAACCCCCUAA